UGAGAGGAAAUGGAAGAGGGAAAUCACUCGGUGGUGACUGAAUUCAUUCUCACAGGACUGACUGAUCGUCCAGAGCUGCAGGCCCCUUUGUUUGUGGUGUUCCUACUGAUUUAUGUUGUCAGCAUAGUAGGGAAUGGGGGGAUGGUCUUAUUAAUCAUAAGUGAUCCCCGACUCCACACCCCCAUGUACUUUUUCCUUGGUAAUUUGUCUUUCUGUGAUUUCUGCUAUUCCUUUGUAAUUGCCCCGAAGAUGAUGCAGAAUUUCUUAGCCAAGAGGAAAAGCAUUUUUCGCACUGCCUGCGCUUUGCAAAUGUUUUUUGAUAUCACUUUCCAAGAUGUUGAGUGUCUCUUGCUGGCUGUGAUGGCGUACGACCGUUAUGUGGCCAUCUGCAACCCACUGCUCUACAUGGUCACCAUGUCCAGGGGUCUUUGUAACCACCUCGUGGCUGGAGCCUUUGUUGUAGGAUUGGUGGAUGCAAUCACAAACACAUACUAUACAUUCCGGCUGUCAUUCUGCCACUCCAACAUCCUCAAUCAUUUCUACUGUGACAUUCCCCCAUUGCUGGCGCUCUCCUGCUCUGAUACCAGCAUCAAUGAGACUGUGCUGUUUGCCUUUGCUUGCUUUGUUAUAGUGAGCAGUGUUGUGACAAUUAUCCUCUCCUACGUUUGCAUCAUCCCCACCAUCCUGCGGAUCCGCUCUGCUGAGGGCCGGCACAAAGCCUUCUCCACCUGCACUUGUCACCUGACUGCGGUGGCCAUGUUCCAUGGCACCCUCCUUUUUAUGUACUUACGACCCAGCUCCAGCUAUUCUUUGGGCACCGAUAAAAUAGCCUCCGUGUUCUACACGCUGGUGAUCCCCAUGUUGAAUCCCCUCAUCUACAGCCUGAGGAACAGGGAGGUGAAGGACGCCCUGAGGAAAGUCAUGAAUAAACUCCAUAGCAAUUCCUGA